AUGAUUGGAGCUAAUAAACUAAUAAGCAAAAAUAAUGUGUGUCAAAAGAUCAUACAGCAGCGUAAUUUUACGAAGAAAAACAUCAAAGAUACUAACUAUCAAUAUUUGCAGAGAAGCAAGUUACCGACUAUGCAUUUUCAGAAAUCUUUGCCUCGUUUACCGAUACCGGAACUUUCGAAGACGGGCGAAAGAUAUUUGAAUGCUCUUAGACCUUUAUUGACUGCCAGUCAGUUCGAAGAAGCUCAGCAGCGUACUAAUAACUUCAUAGCUAAAGAGGGGAAAAUUCUCCAAGAAAAACUUAUAGCUAAGGACAAAAGGAACAAGCACACAAGUUAUAUAUCAGAUUAUUGGUUUGAUCUCUAUUUACGCGACAGAGUACCAUUGCCUAUAAACUAUAAUCCUAUGAUAGUGUUCCAAAACGACGUAAGACCUGAGUAUAAUGAUCAGCUCAUAAGAUCUACAAAUAUGUUAAUCAGUGCUGUAAGAUUCAUGUUGUCUUUAAGAGAACAGAUAUUGGAACCGGAAGUUUAUCAUAUGAACCCCAAGAAAAGUGACACUCCACUCUAUAGAAAUUUUACAAGAAUGCUUCCUGAAGCCAUUUCAUGGUAUGGUGCCUAUCUAUUCAAAGUAUUUCCACUGGACAUGAGUCAAUUUGUUGGUUUAUUUGGUGCUACUCGUCUGCCUCGCCAGAAUAAGGAUGAGAUCUUCAGGGAACCAAAGAGCAAGCAUGUAGUUGUACAGAGAAAAGGAAACUUUUAUGUAUUUGAUGUUUUAGAUGUUGAUGGUAACCUUCUGUCACCUCAGGAAAUUCUUGGUAACCUGAGCAAAGUUAUGAAUGACAAUUCUCCAUCUUCCGAGUAUCCUUUGGGAGUACUGACAACUCAGAACAGGGACCAAUGGGCCCAACAGCGAGUACAUUUAGAGUCUACAGGGAAUAGUGAAGUUUUGAGAAAGAUAGACUCUGCAAUAUUUAAUCUAGUGUUAGAUGAGGAUGUAAUCAAUGAUGAUAAGCGUGUGCUUUUAAGAAAAUAUCUUCAUAGUGAUGGAACUAAUAGGUGGUUUGACAAGUCAUUCAGUCUUAUCGUAACUGGUGAUGGAGGAUCUGGUGUGAACUUCGAACAUUCCUGGGGCGAUGGGGUGGCUGUGCUGAGAUUUUUCCAAGACAUUUAUGCCGAAACCACGAAAAAACCAUUUAUCCAUCCAGAAUCUAAGCCAGCUGAUAGUAAUAUAAGUGUACAGAAAUUAGAAUUCAAAUUAGAUGAUAAAUCAAAGCAGUUUAUUGAUAAUGCCAAGAAGGAGUACAAAUCAUGGUGUGAUUCACUCAGCAUAGAUUAUAUUUUGUAUGAAGGUUUAAAUAAAGCAGCAUGUAAGAAAUUUAAAGUUAGUCCUGACUGUAUUAUGCAGCUAUCAUUCCAGGCGGCGCAUCACCUCUUAAAAGGUAGUUUCGUGGGGACAUACGAGUCUUGCAGUACUUCAGCCUUCAAACAUGGGAGAACUGAAACUAUGCGACCAUGCACUCUUAAAACAAAGGCAUUCUGCGAGACCCUCCAUUCGAACAACAGGUCUGACGAUGAUCUUCGCAGUAAACUGACCGAAUGUUCCAAACUUCAUUUAGAACUCGUCAAAGAAGCUGCCAUGGGCCAGGGAUUUGAUCGGCACAUGUUUGCGCUAAUGAAGAUGGCGGAAGACAACAACAUGCCUCGACCAGAAAUAUUCGAUUCUUAUGAGUACAAGUACUUGAAUAAGUCUAUUUUGAGUACGAGUACUCUGUCUUCGCCCAGCGUCAUGGCAGGAGGCUUUGGACCUGUUGUUAAAGAGGGAUUUGGGAUUGCUUAUUCAGCAUUCCCAGACAAGCUAGGAGCAGCAGUAGCGAGUUACAAGUCUCAUAACAACAGCACUCACUAUGUCGAAGCUCUGCAUAAAUCCUUUUUGGAUAUUACCAAAAUAUUAUCUGCAUAA